AUGCCAAAAUGUUGUUUAUAUUCUCUGCUGCCAGUUUCAGCGAAAAUGGCUUCGAUGCUUGGUUCCAACCAAAACACCCCCAAACCAGAAUUUGCCAAAUGCAUCCAACCUAUCAUAGAAACUGACUACAUGACGACCGCUAUAUCAAUGGAUUUCAAUACUGCCAGUUUCAGAAGUGAAAAUAGACACUAUAGCAUUACGGAAAGUAUUCUUACCACCUUUCUAAAUACAACAAGAGCGGGCUCGGCACAGAAGCACACUGGCAUGUCAUUUGAUGCUUUAAUAUCCAGUCUCGUAGUUUCAAUAGUUUACUGUGGCUUGCAGACGCUUCUAUUCACCAUGUUGCGGGGAAAGCUUAAGACGCUUUAUCAGACGCGUAAUUUUCAAUUGUCAGAGGCCAAUGAAAUGCGCUCGCUACAAGAAAACGGACCACUAGGCUGGGUAAAGUCUGCUUGGAAAACUCCUCUCAACGAAUACAAGCGAGCCAACGGCCUUGAUUCCUUUUUUUUCCUUAGGUUCAUGAAGGCAUUUGGAUUAUUUUUUCUGAGUCUAUCCGUAAUCAAUAUUCCUGUUCUUAUCCCCAUCCAUUAUUGUUCAGGGGCCAAGGUAUUAAGGCAAAGGUGUAAAAUAGAUAGUUUGCAAGCCUUUAACGAAACUGAAGCGAGAUUAACAUCACACUUUUUGGAAAUAGAGGAUUCCUUGAAGGCACAAGGGCUCGAUAAACUCUCAAUCUCUAACGUUUCACUACAGCAUGCCGACAGGUUAAUUUUCCACUUCAUUCUCGCAGCGUUCGUCGUGCUAUGGUUUCACGCACUAUUAAUCAAGGAGUUAAAAUUCUUUAUUGCCGAAAGAAACAAAGCUCUUUCAAAUAACGAGGUCCCAGGAUCCUUCUACCAAUCAGUUCUAUUCCUAGAUAACAUACCAAGGGAUAUGUUUUUAAACAGAGCACAGCUUCCCAAGCUGUUUCGUUUUGCAGACUCAAAUGAUAUACAGCUGACUUUCUUGCCUACAAACUACCAGCGUUUGAAAAAGUAUUACCAAAAAGAUAAGAAGAUUAUUGACAAGUUGGAACAUCUCCAGCUUAAACUGAUUGUACUUCAGUCGAACCAGUGUGGUACUCAAAAAGCACUCCCUCCUAACGAGCGUGCUGUCUCCGGCUUUGCAACGGAUGUUUCUGAUAAAUAUGCAGUACGCACAAACAAACUCGGGCGGAAAGCUGAGAGCGCCCAACAGUGCUACGGACCCGAGCGUUCGAAAAAAAUCUAUAAUAAUGGCACUGCUAGGAAAAUUCGGAAAGAAAAGGUGUCAAGAUAUGGAUGCGCUCGCUGGGCUAGUAAACUUCGAUUGUCUUCUCAUAAUUUGAACAUCACAAUAAAGCACAUAUCUAAGCAAAAAAGCCACAUCAAGAUCAACACAAGAUGGCUUCGAGCCUUAGGGAUUCCCAGUUCAUUUAAUAUUAUUAAGUUCAGACUCAAUAAGGAUCAGGCCAGAGAAUCACUAAUGAAGGCCCUUGAAAAAUUGGCGACUGAGCUAAUUCAGAAUCGAGAAAAGUGGAAGGAAUUGAGCGAGAAGCCAACACCGUUCGUGGCAGAUGGAGAUCAAAAGCAGGAAGAGCACCCAAAAAAAUUAUUCAUAACUUUCAAGAGUUCGAGAACUGCUCAUCUUUUCGCUCAAGUCUUGAUUUCUGAUAAAUUUAAGGAGCUCAAUAAUGUGAUAAUAGGACCAAACCCAAUUGACAUGAUAUGGAGUAACGUAAUACAGUCAAGCAGGUGGCUGAAAGUGGUUCGCAUCAUUUUCGCUGAUCUCAUCGCAGUUUUAGUCAUUCUCGGUUGGGUUCUGCCGGUAGCAUUCGUCGGCUUGAUAUCCCAAGUCCCCAACAUGAAAAUACUGGUGCCCUUUUUUACUUGGUUGGAUUCUGAUAACGCCUUUUUUAGCAGCGUUUUGUCAAGCUUGGUUCCUAUUCUUUUCCUUAUUUUUCUCAUUGACAUUGUUCCUUUUAUUUUUCGAUGGCUUAGCAUACUAAAGGUGAACAGGACUGGUGCUGAAAUUGAGUUGGAUGUGCAAAGGUGGCUGUUCGUUUUUUUUUUUGUUCACAUUUUCCUCGUUGUAACUGUCUCCUCCGGAAUAUCGGUUAUAUUUGAAAAACUAAUAAACAAUCCUACUAGCCUUCCAGAUCUGCUAGCAGCCAACUUGCCAAAAAGUUCCAACUUUUUUUAUUCAUUUAUUUUUAUCAGAGGGUUGGCUUACUUCGGUGGAAAUCUACUGCAGGUGAAAGAGCUUCUCUUUGAGUUAUUUUACUACCGUUGGUGCAUCAGAACCCCCAGAAAAGUUCGGAAAAGAAUGGAGGUAGUCUCUGAAAACAUGUGGGGCUCAGUAUAUCCCUUAUUUUCAACUAUUGCCAGUAUUGGCAUCGUUUACAGUGUGAUUGCGCCGUUAGUACUCAUUUUCGCCACAGUUACGUUUCUUAUCGUCCAGUUUUCAUUCAAGUGCCGCCUGAAUCAUCAGCAACACAGCCGAGGUAAGUCUGAAACUUUCGGGAAACUUUAUCCUCAAGCACUGAUGCAGUCAUAUGCAGGAAUUUACUGCCUCGAAAUUUGCAUGAUAGGGCUAUUUGCGCUUUCAAAUCGGUACGUGCUAGUGAUUUGUAUGGCAUUGGUUUUUAUCUUCACAAUUCUAGCUCAUUUCAAAAUUUCGAAAUUCUAUGACAAGUACAUCAACUUUUUACCGUUAAAGGAAGAUGAAGAAUCACUGCUCACCGAGCACCCAAGAAAAGACCUGUUCCCCUUUUUUGUGAAGGAAAAGUGCCUCUGGAUUCCACAAGAUUCAUCUGGGGCUUCGAAUGACCAGUGCCAUUUGAUGAACGAAAAGUUUGAUAUCUUCUGCCGCAAUGAGGGGUGUUUUUUUGAUGGUGCCACUGGCAGCCUCAAUUUUUUGUAG